GGUGUCAUAAAGGGUGGGGCGGGGUGCACAGUUGCUAAGGCACGUGCUCCAAGGGGCUGCCAUAAUCCAUCCAGCUCCUGCUCAGGGCAUACUGCAUGUGCCCCAGCAGCCUGAGUCACUGUAUCCUGAAAACCCCAUCAAUGACCCAUCUGUGCCUGUGGGUCCCAUGGCUCCUCUUCAAGUGGCAACUGCUGUGGCUGCUGGUCCAGGCGACUCAGCCUCUGGAGUGGACCCAGGACCUGGUCCAGCUGACCUCCAGCCUCCCUUGGCUCUCUGAGCCCUGGUCUUCCCACUCCUCGAACUUCCCACCUGAAUCACCUGACGCGCUCACACCCAUGGCAGACCCCAGCAGCUCUGAUGACCUGCGGUCUUCUGCUUCUUCCCAGAUGCUGGCCUCGCCUCAAGAGUCCACUGUGAGUUUGCUUCCUUUUCUGGAACUGCCCCCAGAGCCAGAACAGCUUGCUGUUCCGUACCAGUAUUUCAAUAGGCUGACUCGACAACAGAGGCUACCAGAGGCGAUUCCCGUGCUAGACGGGGAUCAGGAUCAGCCCCUGGCUCUGCCCAAGAAGAACAAGCUCCGCCUCCACAGCCCAGUUGAACCAGAUGAACCUUCUUCACCCCAGCAAGAGGGCCCAGGUGCAGACCUACAGCAGCCCGAGGAAGAAGCAUCUCCAUUGCAGCAGGAGGCCCCCGCUCAGAAUCCAUUUGCUACUGCAGAAGUAGUAGGUCAGGCAUCAGUGUAUCACGAUCCUAACACUCCAUCCUCACCUCAGAUUGUAGCUCUCCAAGCAAACUUCCCCAGCAUCACACUGAAACCUGCAGACACGGAGCUGACAGAAGCCUCAGGGGCAGGAAUAUUCCCCAGCAAUCAGGAGCAGCCUGCUCAGCCUUCUGAGUCUCCCGAGAUCGAACCUUCUAGAAGCCAACUGGAAGACCCGGAGAAGCCUUUGGCACUCCCUGUGGAAGUCAAAUCUCCAGUACAGCAAGAUCCCCAAGCUCAAGCGCUAGACUCUCCUGAAGAGACUAUCAUAGCUCAGACAACACAGAUUCAGAAGGGGACAGACUGGUCUCUAGAUCAGAAUCAAGAUCACCGUUCUAACCUGCCCAACGUUACCAUCAAGCCUGCAGAUGUGGCGCUGAUCAUAACUCCGGAGCCUACCAUGGAGCGGGACUCUGCUCCAGUGCAGCAGGAGGGCUCUGCUCAGACUCCAGGCCCUCCUGUGGAGACAGAACCCUAUAUUAGUGAUCAGGAGCAGCCCACUCAGUAUGUUGAGUCUUCUGUAGAGAACAAACCCUCUCCAGCCCAGCAGGAGACCCCAUAUCAAACUCUGGGCCCUUCCCUGGAGACAGAAGCUUCUCCAGCCCAGCAGGAACCCCCAGAGCAGACUCCGGUCCCUUCUGCAGAGACAGAACCUUCCCCAUUCCAGCAGGCACCCAGAGCUCACACUGCACGCCCUUCCGUGGAGGCAGAACCUUCUCCCCGUGAACAGGAGCAGAUAGCUCAGUAUGCAGAGGCUCUGGUGGAGACUCAGCCUCCUCCAGGUCCUCCUGUGGAGACAGAGCCUUCUCUCAGAGAACAGCAGCAGAUUGCUCAGUACGCGGAGGCCCUGGUGGAGACUCAAGCUCCUCCAGGCCAGCUGGAGGCCCUAGCUCUGACUCCAGUCCCUCCUAUGGAGACCGAACCUUAUAUCAGUGAGCAGAAGCAACCAAGGCGGCCCUCUGAGUCUUCUGAGGAGGUUGAAUCUUCUGGAAAGAAGACAGAAGUCCCAGCCCAGCCUCCAAGUCCUCACGCAGUGACCAUUUUAUCUCCCGGUCACUAUCAAGUUCAGCAGUACGACUUGCACAAUGUGACUACUAAACCUCCAGACCUGCAGCUGACCAUAACACCAAAACCUGCAGCAGAAGUGGAAACAUUUCCAGUCAGCCAUCAGGCCACGACAACUCAGGCCUCAGUCCCAGCUCUGCCUCCAAAGCCUCUUGAAGAGGUUGAACCAUUGCCAAUUCAAUCCCCAGAAGUUAUGCAGGAUGAGAAACCCUCUAUGACCCAACAGGAGGAAACAGCUGAAAAUGUACAGACCCCAAGGAGGCUGAGCCUUCUCCAAUCCAUCAGGAAGCCCAAGAUCUUACCUAGCCAUAUGGCCUGCUGCCUCUGCCAAUUUAAACAUACUAUCAAGAGUGUCUGCAUGACCAUCAAGCCUGGCAAAUACGAACACAUUGGCAGAACUCAGUAUCAAGGAGAAACAGCUGUGGACUUCCCAGGCCGCAUGAGUGAACAGCGGGACCUCAACGAUGAAAGUGACGUUAUUAGUGCACUAUUAUUGCCUUAUUUCUCAGAGGAAAAUCUACAAAAUGUAGAAUCAACAUUAUUACCAUUCAUUACACUGCUUUUUUCAAAUGUGCAAGAUAGAGAUAAGUCCCUGAGCUAUGUGAAAACCCACAUAAGGAGGCCCUCUCAUCCUUACAGAAAUAAGUUGAGAAAGCUCUAUUUUCUGGAGAAUUUGUUAGAUGAAGUAUUCAAGAAAAAAAUCGAUGAGGUUAAAAAGGAAGAAAAAGCCACACUUAUGCAGCCUAUCCUGUUAGGUCCUCAAUUUAACCCUCAAAUCCUCCUAAAGAAAUCAGAAACUGCCCCAUCACAGAAGAACAGCCUGGCAACCAUGCCAAGUGUGGGGUACAGGCUGCAGAGAGUGAAAAAAGUCACCAAGGGGCCAAAGGGCUUACGGGAAAGGCACCUCCAGGAGAUGAGGAAGAGCCUCGGGAGGAGACAGGGCACCUGGCCCUUUGCGGAGAGCAUUGGGGGAAGAAGGCUUGGGAGAGCAGGCUCCAGGGAGCUGAAGGAGCUUCAAGUGGCUCAGAGGCCCAGGCAGGUGGCCGGAAACUCCUUGCACAUGGAGCCCUUGCUCACGAAGGAACGUGAGGCUGCAGCCCCCUCUUUCCUGAAGAAACACAUCCUGGGCAGGCCUUCUACCUCCCCUCCAAAAUCUCUCUCUGAGAUCAACAACAAGGAAGACUUAACCUACACCAUUUUUGUCUUAGAAGAUGCCAAUGCUAGAGCCAAAAAUAAGGCGGCAGGGAAACCAAUCUCGCAUUCCAGACAGAAUUACCGCUUUCAUAAAACUCGCUCUUCUCACCUGGUCCUCCGAACCCCCAAGGCCAAACUGAGUCAGAAGUUCAGAAGGAAAAAUUCCCUCAACAGGCUGACGGCUGGGAAGAGGCCUCCGUUCCCUGCACUGCGGAGUCUCAUAAAUUCCCCAUCCGGAGAGGCUUUCUCAUCCCCCGGAGGCCUGCAUUCUCAGGGGAGUCCUCCUCUGAGAGAAUUGGCACUUUCAGAACCUUCUAUAGAAGACACGGGAGGAAAACAUUCCGGAGGGCGUGUUUUCGAAGAAAAUAUUUUGACAGAAAACACCACUGUGCAUGAAGAAACGCUCCCUGGCGACAAAAUGCACAUAGAUCCUUCAGCUACAGAUUCUGCUGGGACCGAGUUCAACGUAAUGCCAACUGUGGACCAAACCAAGGAAACACAGUGGGAAUACCCCAGCGAGGGCACUGAAGCCCUCACCAUGCCCGCAGGCUUCACCUACCCCGUGAUGCUGUCCCAGGGAGAACAGUUUGAAAUUCAGCUGAAUCAGCAGCUACGGUCCCUCAUCCCCAACACGGACAUGAAAAAGCUCAUUUCUCACGUCAUCCGCACUCUGAAAAUGGACUGCUCUGAGGCCCAGGCGCAACUGCCCUGUGCCAAGCUCAUCUCCAAAACAGGCAUCCUGAUGAAGCUCCUCAGUGAGCAGCAGGAAGAAAAGAUAGCCAAGAAAGAAUGGGACACAGAGCAGUGGAGGACUGAGACCUAUAUCAAUGAGAGUACAGAAGCCCCGAGUGGACAGAAAGAGCAGGAGUCGAGUAAGGUGCUGGCACACCACACCCACUUCCAUGCCUACUCCUUCUCUGGGCACCUCUCCCUCCUUCCUCUAGUCUCAUAUUCAAGAGCAACAAUUGGCCACCAGGCACCUACCCAGAUGUCCUGGCCGCACACCUCAAGAACGCCUUUGCUGGCACCUUGGCUCACCUGUUUGACCCACCCAAGGAACCCCUUUACAGUUGAAGAAGCAUCUAUAGGGAACCCAAAGGGGGCAUUCAUGAAGAUAUUGCAAGCCUGGAAGAACAAUACCAGCAAGCAGCUGACUAUUGAGCCAGAGAACCCAUUAUGUACAGAUCCCCGUGGAGGCUGGACCUUCUCCAAUCCAUCAGGAAGCCCAAGCUCACGCCUCAGUGUUCCCUACGGAGCAUGAGCCUUUGAAAGACCAGGAGGCAGACACAGCUCAGCAGCCAAAGCCCCCGGAAGAGGAUGAGCACUCCCCAGUUCCAGGGAUCCCAGCUCAGCCUGAAGAACUGAAGGAACCUUCACCAAGCCAGCAGGGGAUUUCUGUUCCACCUCUAGAGUGCCCCGUAAGUGCUUACCAAUUACCACUCCAACAGGGAAACACAAACCAGCCUUCAGUAAUCUUCCCAGAGAUGAGUGAUGCUAUCCCAAUGAAUAUGACAUUAUUUUCACCUCUUAUUCCGGAAGAAAUACUUAGAACUCAGCAUUUAAGGUUGUCUAAAACCACACCAAAACAUGUGGAUAUUGACCUUACCAGAACCCUAAAGCCCACUCCAGAAGUUUGUCCUUACUGGAGUCAGCAGGAAGGACCUGCCCAGCCUACAGUUCCCACCGAGUGAGUUGAAUUUUCUCCAACCCAGCUUGAGCCUCCUCUUGCCAAGCCUCUGGCACUGCCUGAAAAGAUGGAACUUUCUCAGCUGAGCCUCCAGAG